AUGAACAACAGCCUGGUAGAACCGGCGGGCUCGGCCGAUCAUGUACCAAGUGAAGGCCCAUCUUUUCCGAUGACGCGUGAGGAGUUUGAGGCAGAUCCCCGAGUCGCUUGGUCUAGGAUAUCAGGGAAAUGGUCGUUGGAAGCAGAUGAUGGCUCAGAGUAUGAGUUCGACGAGGCUCUCAAGCGAUGGAUACCUGUGUUAGACGAAUCUCUGGCCGAGCAACAACAGGCAGCAUACGCAGUGGCUGGAGUCGACGAGUCUGAACCGGCUGCCCCUGUAAAUAAGAAGAGAAAGAAGAUCUACACUUCAAAUGAGGGGAGUGAGGAAGCUUCAAACUCCAAAAAAGCUCGAGGAAGUAAGAAAGGCGACGGAGAACCACCAGCUCGCAAGAACACAGCUAUAUAUAUCACCAAUCUUCCUCAAGACGUCACAGAGGAGGAGAUCAAGGAUGUCUUUUCGAAAUGCGGUGUAAUUGCUGAGGAGAUAGAUCGAGGAAAACCGCGUAUCAAGCUUUACAAGAAUGAUAAAGGGCAGCCGAAAGGCGACGCGUUGGUUGUAUACUUUCGGCCAGAGAGCGUAAAAUUGGCAGUUCAAAUGCUUGACGAUUCAGACUUCCGGUUUGGCGUGGAAGGUACACGCAUUAAGGUCCAGCCGGCGGACUUCAGUUACAAAGUGCAGCAAACAGCACCGGUGACAAAGACCAUGAAAGAUAAGAGAAAGAUCAUUGCGAAGACCCAAAAACUAAAUAACAAACUAGCGGAUUGGGGUGAUGAUGAUCCAUCAGCGCUUCAAGAGAAGAGCUCGCGAUGGGAUAAAGUUGUCAUCUUAAAGCAUAUGUUCACCCUCAAGGAGCUCGAGGAGGAUCCAACAAUGCUCUUGGAUUUAAAAGAAGAUAUUCGUGAGGAAUGCGAAAAACUGGGCGAUGUAACGAACGUUGUGCUGUUUGAUGGCGAGGAGGAUGGUGUGGUGAGUGUACGAUUUGCCAAUACACAGAGUGCAAAGGCAUGCAUUGAGGUGAUGAAUGGUCGCUUCUUUGGGGGGCAGAAGGUAGAGGCGUAUGCCUUCGAUGGCGAGGAGAAGUUUAGGAAAAGCUCAAAGAAGGACGCCGACGAUGAAGGCGAAAAAGAACGCUUAGAGAAGUUCGGUGAUUGGCUAGAGGAAGCUAAAGAGUAA